AUGGCGAAUUUUGUUCUGCAGGUUCCAAUUCCUUUGAGGAGUUUUAGUGUGUCUGCUUCAUCCAACUCCAACGGGGCUGUUUCUGGAAGCAGUUCUUCUGAUAAGGGUGGGGGUCCAGUGAUAAUUGAGCUUCCUUUAGAUAAGAUAAGAAGACCUUUGAUGAGGACUAGAUCAAAUGAUCAAAUCAAAGUUCAAGAACUCAUGGAUAGUAUUUCUCAAAUUGGUCUUCAAGUGCCUAUCGACGUGCUCGAGGUUGACGGAAACUAUUAUGGUUUCUCCGGCUGUCACCGGUAUGAGGCUCACCAACGACUUGGACUACCCACCAUACGCUGUAAAAUACGGCGCGGUACGAAAGAGACUCUAAGGCAUCAUAUGCGCUAA